AUGGGGACGGAAGCGUCCGCCUCACCGGAACAGUUCACUAAGAUAAAAGGCACUGAUGUGAUCCAGGAAAAGGCCAAAGAAAAUGAUGUAGACAAGGUGUCUAAGCUAAAGGAAAGGCAGAGCAGCUGUGGCCUUGAGGUGGACUGUUCCUAUGGAGUCCUUCAAGCCAAGAUUGUGGAAGGGGAGUUGGAAUUGGCUCCCUCAAAUGAAGAGAAUGAGAAGCACAUACUUACCUUGCAAACUGUGCAUUUUGCCACAGAUGAAACCGACCACCAGGAGAUGAGCCAGUUGACGGUGCAGCCAGCAGAAGGAAUGCACGUCAUGGUGCAGCAAGGAGAGAGUGGCUUACAAUCCUUACUAGUGUUGCAGCAAGACAUCAAUGUUCAAACGGAGUUAAAUGAGAUACCCCACCAGAAUUUGCACCAGUGUGUUGCAAUAAGCAUUCAGGAAGAGGUCUUUUCACUUCAUGAAAUGGAGGUGAUGGAGAUUAAUGUUGUGGAAGAAAGUGUUGAAGUUUCCAGUGAAGAAGAUAAAUUGACAGUUAACUCACCAUUAGAUGAAAACACAGAAUUAAUAAAGGAUGAAGACAAAGAUAUAUAUGGGGCUGAAGAAGGGGAGGUCCAGCAGUUAUGUGAAGAAAGAGAAUUUACUGAUCAAAAGGAAGAAAUAUUUACUUUUGAAAAACUCAGAGAGGGAGAAAAGGAAGAAAUCAUUCUGCUACCAGCCAACUCAGAAAUUGAAGAGCAUGAGGAUAUACACUCAUCAGAACAAGACAUUGAUGAGGUCUCUGGAACUGCAAAAAAUCAAGCGAAGUCGAAGGGAAUGAAGCGAACCUUCCAUUGUGAAAUAUGCAUAUUCACCUCUUCUAGAAUCUCAAGUUUUAAUCGUCACAUGAAAACUCACUCUGAUGAAAAACCUCAUAUGUGUCAUCUCUGUCUGAAAGCCUUCCGUACUGUCACUCUUCUGCGGAAUCACGUGAAUACACAUACAGGCACCAGACCAUAUAAAUGCAGUGACUGUGAUAUGGCAUUCGUGACUAGUGGUGAACUUGUACGACACAGACGUUACAAACAUACUCAUGAGAAGCCAUUUAAAUGUUCAAUGUGCAAAUAUGCUAGUGUAGAAGCAAGCAAAUUGAAACGUCACAUACGUUCACAUACUGGAGAACGCCCUUUUCACUGUUGUCUCUGUAGCUAUGCUAGCAAAGAUACCUAUAAACUGAAAAGACACAUGAGAACUCAUUCAGGUGAAAAACCUUACGAAUGCUACGUCUGCCACGCCAGAUUCACCCAGAGUGGUACCAUGAAAAUACACAUACUGCAGAAGCACAGUGAAAAUGUCCCCAAACAUCAGUGUCCACACUGCUCUACAGUCAUUGCAAGAAAGAGCGACCUUCGUGUCCAUUUGCGAAACCUACAUUCCUAUAAAGCUACUGAGAUGAAGUGCCGUUACUGCCCCGCUGUAUUUCACGAGCGCUAUGCCCUCAUCCAGCACCAGAAAACUCACAGAAAUGAGAAGAGAUUCAAAUGUGACGACUGCAACUAUGCCUGCAAGCAGGAGCGGCACAUGACAGUACAUAAACGUACCCACACAGGAGAGAAACCAUUCACCUGCCUUUCCUGCAAUAAAUGUUUCAGGCAGAAACAACUUCUGAAUGUUCAUUUCAAGAAAUACCAUGAUAAAAAUUUCAUACCAACUGUUUAUGAAUGCCCCAAAUGUGGCAAAGGUUUUUCACGAUGGAAUAAUAUGCGCAAACAUUCUGAGCAUUGUGAAGCAGUGAAAGGAAAGGCUGUGCCAUCAGCAAAAGGAAGGAAAAAUAAAAAGAAAAAACAAAAGGACCCAAAACAGAGUGCAAAGGAAGAAGUUAUUGAGCAGAUGCCAAUUGAAGAUAUUUCCAUUGUAAACAUAGAGCAUCAUACAAAUGAAAUUGUUCCUGUCGUAUAUGGAAUGGCAGCAGAUGUUGAAGAACCAAAAACAGAAGUGACUUGUGAAAUGAUCCUCAACAUGAUGGAUAAGUGAUGCAGAUAAAAAUUUUGCAUUUUCUUUUAGUACCUCAUUUUUAAUUAAAGGUUUUUUUUUAGUGUCUAAAUUCUAAACACAGCAUGAUACGUUUAAGAAAAUUAAUUUUAAAGAACUUUUCAAAAGUUCAUAAUGGUGCCUAGAUUUUCCUACUUACUAGGGUAGAAUAAGGUGUUUAGAAAUCUACUGAAGUUAAUGUUAUUCAUAUCAGUUUUGUAAAGGGCUUACAAUUCUGAGUCAGAGCAUUUUAACUUCAAAGACAUUAAACUUAUCCAGGUUAGGACCUUAGCAAUUUAUAGUUAAUAAAGAAUGAUAUUAAAGUUACUCUUUUGAUGGUAGACUAAAUUGAGUGUGAUCUUAUGGUAGCAGGUAGUCAAAGCCUGAAUUUUUUCUCUUUACUUAAAUAUAUGAAUCCAUAGUAUUUCCAGAUAAUCCAUGCUGUUUAAAAUGUAUAGCACUUAGAAAAAUUUAUAGACCUCCUCUGUAAAAGCUGACACUGCCAUAAACCUUAAAUUACUAUUUUUAGUAAUGAUGCUUUUAUUUAACUUACUGUUAUGAAAUAACUUGAAAAAUGACUCCAUAAGAAAUGAAAAAUGAUAAAAAGAAUUAGUCUAGAAAACAAUGAAGAAUAUAUAUGGAGGUUUAAAAGAGAUUUAUUUACCUUUUAGAAUUUUUAUUAUCUGUUAAUUAUGUUUUAGGCAGAUGUAAAACUCCCCUAAAUUUAAUAUCAGAUAGCUAAGCUAUCAUCUACUUGUA